CAUUGUGUCUGCACAACAUAGUGUCUGCACUUUGCACAUACUGGCAAGAUUGCAGGCAAUACACGCUCCCAUCGGGUGUGGUUGGUGGCCUCCCGUUACAUGUGACUGUAAUGUCUAAAAAAGUUUUACCUCUGUUCUGAGAACUUGGAACUUAACAAGAUGCUGCCAGAAAUAUUUCAAGAUGGCUCUGUUAUCCUGCACACGUCGUCCUCCGCUAUUUCUCACACACGGCCCUGUUUGGACCCAGACUCUGUUCCCUCUCUUGUCAUACCUUUGCAGUUCUUCACUCCCCUUCCCUUGAUGUGCGGCAUCAUUGACAGAUCGUCCUCCUGUGUUCUCAACAGUCUCCAGCUUGUAUUCCCAAGCUCUGACUCCCGUCUCCUCACUUUCACCCAGUGUUCCCCUGCGGGCCUGACACCAGACAGUGGGAGUAUUUCAACGAGAAGUGUUACUACUUCUCCCUAGAAACUGCUCCUUGGAUGCGAGCCAAGACUCGAUGUGAAGAGAAACAGUCUCAGCUGGUCACCAUCAAUAGUAUGGCAGAACAGAAUUUCAUACAGACCCGAACCAGGAAUUUCCGGUUUUGGAUCGGACUCCACGAUUUGCACACAGAAGGAGAAUGGAAAUGGCUGGAUGGCAGUGACUACAGAACUGGUUUCAAGUAUUGGAAAGAGGGUCAACCCUCCAGUUCCCAGACACGGGAAGAGGACUGUGUCCAAGUUCGGAUCAAUGGGGAAUGGGGAUGUUGGAUAUCUUGGAGAGAGGCUGACAUUGUCUGACACAGGAAGAGGGAAUUUUUGAAAAUCAA